UGUCUCCCUUGAGGCAGGUAGCUGCAUUCUGAUUUGCUUCAUCAUGUCUGACUCAGCCCUAAUAAUAAAUAGGCAGCCCUACACCGGUUUGAAACAGGAAUCUUAGCAGCAUCUUUCACAAGGUGUUAAUGUGAGCAUCAAACACUGUACCUAAACCUUUAUGCUUAACAGCAAACUGCAAAACAGCACCUGCCAAGGCAGGCGUUUUUUUUUGCACCUUUAUCAUUUGGAAUACAUUGCUACUGGGAGUGGCUUUUGCUUUGUGUGUAAAGGAGGCCUCCACAGGAGCAGCUGCAGAGCUUGGAUGUUGAGGUUCAUCUGAAAUGCUUUUCUGGCUGAGAGAGGAAGAAAUGUCUCUUCAAGAGCUCAACCAACGAUUGCACUGUGUGAUCACUCAUGUUGAUGAAAUAAUGCAGCAGGAGAUACGACCUCUGCUGGCAGUCGAUAUCAUAGAGCAGCUUCACAGACAAUUCGCCAUUCUCUCAGGGGGGAGAGGCAACAAUGGAGCUCCGAUAAUAACAUUCCCCGAAUAUUCUGGUUUUGGGGGUCUUCCUGAUGAACAUUUCCUUAACGUUGUAACAUAUCUCACUAGCAUUCCCAGUCUGGAGGCUGCCAGCAUUGGCUUCAUCAUUAUUAUAGACCGACGCAGGGACAAAUGGAGUGCUGUGAAGGCUUCAUUGACACGGAUAGCGGGGGCAUUCCCAGGGAACCUGCAGCUUGUUCUGGUGCUUCGUCCCUCCCGCUUCAUUCAGAGAACCAUCGCUGACAUUGGCAUGAAGCUGCACCGAGAUGACUUUAAAAUGAAGGUACCGAUCAUCAUGUUAAACUCCGUCUCAGAUUUACAUGGCUACAUUGAUAAAAACCAGCUUACAUGUGAACUUGGAGGAACCUUAGACUACUGCCAUAACCGGUGGAUUCAUCAUCGAACUGCUAUUGAGAAUUUUGCCGUGACGGUGAAGACGACGGCGCAGAUGCUGCAGAUGUUUGGUACCGAUCUGGCUGAGACAGAACUCCCGAAUGACGUUCAGUGUACAGAGGAUCUCCUGGUCUCCCAUACAGAAAAGCAUGACAAGCUCAAGGCUGAACUCCAACUUGCAUUGAAACAGGGAAACACCAUCCUCUCUUGCAUUAAGGAACAAGCAACCAAAAACACAAGCUACAAACUCAACCCUGACGAACUGGAAAAUGUCGCUACAGUUGAACGGUUGCUGGCGCAGCUGGAUGAAACAGAAAAUGCUUUUGAGCAGUUUUGGUCCAAGCAUCAUCUAAAACUGGAGCAGUGUUUACAGCUGCGGCAUUUCGAACAUGACUUUCGAGAGGUAAAACUUGCUUUGGACAACCUUGUGGAGACUCUGGCUGCUUUCACAGACAUCGGAGACAGCGUAUCUCGAGUAGAACAACUUCUUAAGGAGCUUAAAGUAUUGGAGGAGAAAGCCCAGGAGUCUUUGGAAAAGGCCCAGUUACUAGCCCUGCAUGGAGACCAGCUGAUCCAAAGUAACCAUUACGCUGUCGACUCCAUCAGACCCAAGUGUGUUGAACUCAGGCGAAUCUGCGAUGAUUUUAACAAUGAAACAAAGAAGAAGUACGACAUAUUGAGGAAAUCCUAUGAAAUACACACAAAAAUAGACAAGGUUAACCAGUGGUGUGACGCUGGCAUAUAUCUGCUGGCAUCCCAGGCAGUGGACAAGUGCCAGUCUCAAGAAGGUGCUGAAUCUGCCCUGCACGACAUUGAAAAGUUUAAUGAAACAGAGAAUGAGAAUCAGCGGGGCAACCUUAAAGAACUUCACAAUCAGUUUGAAAUGAUUCUCACGUCUGAAGUAAAGGCCAAUGUCCAGAAGGCCCUCCAGAGACUAGGUGAUGUGCAGGAAAUGAUUGAAAAGAGACAAGUCAGUCUCAAGAAGUUGUCAGCUAAGCAGACCCGGCCUGUGCAGCCUGUGGCCCCCCGCCCAGAAUCUUCUCCGAAAAGGGCAUCCACUAAACCAGUCACAAAUGCUGGUCCUACAGCAGCUCCCACUCGAAGGGCAUCUGACAGUUCCAGCACCCCCAAGCCUCCUACUGAGGCUGAACUGGCAAAAAAGAAAAACCCUAGAAAAGCUAGAGGUGGAAUCAAGAUUGAAGUAAUGCACGAAGCCAGCCAAGGAGGGUCCAGCCACAUUCUUGUGACAAAUGAAACCGAGGAAAACCUGUUAAGCAGACGAAGGCACAUCAUGAAUGAGCUGAUAGACACGGAAAGAGUGUAUGUGGAAGAGCUUCAAAGCAUCAUUGAGGGUUAUUCUGCUGAAAUUGACAACCCAGAAUUUGCAAAUCUUGUUCCAACUGCUCUGCAAAAUAAAAAGGAAGUGCUUUUUGGCAAUCUUUGUGAAAUAUACGUGUUUCACAAGAGGACAUUUCUUAAAGAACUAGAAAAUUGCAUAGAAAAUCCAGAACUGGUGGGAGCUUGUUUUUUGAAGAGGAAAGAGGAUCUUCAGAUUUAUGAAAAAUACUGUCAGAACAAACCUCGUUCAGAAGCUCUAUGGAGACAAUGUGGAGAUAGUCAGUUCUUUCAGGAAUGUCAAAAAAAGCUGGAUCAUAAACUUUCUCUGGAUGCCUAUUUACUGAAACCUGUUCAGAGGAUCACCAAGUAUCAGCUGAUGCUAAAGGACAUGCUCAAAUGUAGUAAGAACUCAGAAGGCACUGCUGAGCUGGAGGAGGCCCUAGCGAGCAUGCUGGACAUCAUCAAGUCAGUUAAUGACUCUAUGCAUCAGAUUGCAAUUACUGGUUUUGAGGGUAACCUGAAUGAUCUUGGCAAACUGCUGAUGCAAGGGUCCUUCAACGUGUGGACAGACCACAAAAAAGGACACAGCAAGGUGAAGGAUCUUGCCCGGUUCAAGCCCAUGCAGAGGCACCUCUUCCUGUAUAACAAGAUGCUGCUGUUCUGUAAGAAACGAGAGGAGACUGUAGAUGGCCAUGAGAAGACCCCGUCAUACGGCUUCAAGCAUUCAUUAAAGAUGAGCGCUGUUGGCAUCACAGAAAACGUGAAAGGAGACAGCAAGAAGUUUGAGGUGUGGUACAAUGGCAGGGAAGAAGUCUACAUAAUUCAGGCCUCUUCGAUGGAUGUGAAGAAUCUGUGGGUUACUGAAAUUAGGAAAGUGUUGACAGGACAACUGGAAGCAUGCAGAGAGGCAAGCCAGCUUCACCAAAGGAUCACUGAAAAUGUCUAUCACGCUCCUAUGAAUUCCCCCAAUGCAAGAAAUAUGAGAAAGUCUUCUUGCAAGCAAGAAAGCAACAAGUCUGAUUCCUCAAGCCCUGAAACUGUUAAUAAGAGAAGCGACCCCGCUAGUCCCAACACAAGACAAAAGAGAACUGAUGCUUCUGCCAGUCAUAAUCUUGAGCGCUCUGCUCUUGCUAAAAAGCGAUUCACAUUGCAGGGUCUUUCCAACCGAAGGCCUCCCUCUAAAGAUCCCCCGUCUAAAGAGACAGAAGUCACACGUCGCUUCUCUUUAGCCUCCUCAAUCAGUUCCUCAGCUACUAGACGCACAAAAGGUACCUGAUCGCCAGCAAUUUCCAUAUCCUGCGAGUACUUGACAGACAUAAUAGUGCCUUUUUAUUAUAUUACCUGAUACAGUACUGGUGCAGGUAUACAUCUUUAUUUUAGCCUAGGCCUUGCACACUGCAAAAUAUUUUUUUUUCUUUUUUUUUCUGUGGGGUGGAAAUGCAAGAUGGUUUUUCAAGAGUCCAUAGUGAAAACAUUGUAUUUAGGUUUUGAGCACUUUUAUUUUAUGCCCUGUGAUUUUGUGCAGGUUGUUCUCUUGUUUAAU